AUGAGGGACAACAGCGUGGCUCGGGGCGAGUUUGGGGGUCAUAGAGCCAGCGUGGAUGAAGCGCCAAGCAGGUUAUCCUCGGAAUUCGGACCCCGAGAAGAUGUUCGCCUUUUAGACCUUCAUCGCGAUCGCUCUCCGGCCAAACAAUCUAAAACCGAAACCACAAUUGGGGGUUUUGAAGCUCCCAAGACCUCCGCGACAUCUUAUCAGUCUGCUGACCACGUUCCCCCAACGACUAAGCCAGCAUGGCGUCCGUUUUGGCUGCGAUAUUAUGUUAUCGCCCUUUUUUUCAUUCUCUUUCUUUGCUGUACGGUAGCGCUUCCCUGCAUGUUGCUGUACUCAGACAGACUUCGCGGCUUGGGCGAAGUCGAUAGAGAGUUUGUGAGGUCAUGGAGAUUUGGGGCAACAGCUUUUCUUACACUUGUCGCGGCUUUCUGGACUCGAGUGGAACUACAAAUAUUGCGAUAUACGCCGUGGGCAACUUUGCAAUCAGACCAGAUCGUUGACCAACCGGCCUCAUCCUUGGACUACACUGCCAUGAUCGUGCCUGUCGCGCUCAUGCAUUCGUGGAAGCAGAGGCAUUUCUUGGUCUUCAUCGUCAUCAUCGUCUCUAUCAUGACCAAACUCCAAGUGGUACUGUCGCCUGGCUUGUUCUAUCUGGACGACGUGCGGUCGACACGGGAUACCGAGCUUCAGACCCUCACGUCAUUCGCCGCCAACGAAAGGUCCGGUGCACCAGUUGCAGGCUCCAACAGUUCCGCCACGGCUCCAUGGUACAACGCACGGGCUCUCUCUGCGUUUAAUAUGUCAUAUCCUUUCGGAGUCACUAAGCAAGCAGCGUACCAAACAUUCGACCAUCGAGGGACUAUCGAUUCGCCCAUCACCGUGACGGUGGAUGCUCUGUUUACGGACAUUGAAUGCAUUGAGUCCGAAGGCUACGAAACGCAAUGGGCUGAAGAACCGUCCAAGGCCGACACGGAGACCACAGAUUACAAUGUGACCUUGACGGUUCGAUUCCCAGACUGUGAUGAGCCCGUCUCCAUCCAACAUAAUUUUACUUUCCCUGCUGACAACGUCACUAUGUGGUCUAUCGAACCUCAGACAAAAAGCCCCCACCUUUGCCCGAAACUGUCAAAGCAGUACAAUCAAGUUUUAUACCUCGCGGCGCUCUACGAGAGAUCGGUAACGAGGGCUUCGGCUGUUGAGCUUUCUGCGCUCGGUGCAGUAAUAUGCGCACCCAGCGCCUGGGUGUCCAAGGUAGAGAUUGUCGAUGAUGGUGCCAAGCCGAACAUGACAGUCUUACCAGAUCAAGACAAGAAUCCUAUCGACGUGAAUCUUUGGAAUAUCCUUCCGGGCGUUGUUCCCGCCUUCACGGGGUUUUGGUCACCCAAUGAAUCCCGUAGCCAAGACCUAGCCUACGGCCCUGCCUUGGCAGAAGCCUCGUUUCGAGGUGCAGACAUGUACCAUCUGGAUCGAUCAAUUUUCCGCAGUGACACACUGCACCGGGUUAUGACAAACCUCACGGAAACAGUUGGACCUAUGAUUGCUCAUCAUCACUUACGAGUUCCGGACGGCGCUCGGAUAUCUGGCAAUGAGGUCGUAGUGAUGAUCAAUCAGGUCAAGGUAACCAGGGUCAUCUGUAUUGCCAUGGCGUGCAUAUUCGCCCUGUCAGCCGUAUUUGCAUUGUACUUGGCAAUCUCUGUGCGACGCAAAUUUCAACCUUGGCACAGAAACCCCUCUACAGUGUUGGGAGCCUUGAUCUUUUUCAACGCGGAUCAAAGGAACGUUGGCCUCGAACAUUCCAAACCCGAUCAAUUUUCCUGGAGCCAUUCUACAUUCUCACCAAUCCAGUUAACUACAUGGCUUCGAAGCCUCUUCUUGGUCUACGGUUUGGCACUCGUUAUUGCUCUCGCGGUCACUUUGAGUAUAUCCGAGUCCUCCAACGGCUUGGUCAAUGUGAAAGAAGGUACGCCAGCACUUUCGUGGAUGCUGGUCCCUGCAGUUGCACUUUUCAUCGUGAGUCUUUAUGCUUCGUCGUCCGAUACGGCCGUUCGAGACAGGGCUAUACUUGCCAAACUCUCAUCAAGACCAUGUACCGCACGAGAAUUGGAUAUGUCAUUGUUAGACAUGCUUGGUGUUCGAGCGUUAUACCACUCGUUGAAGUCCAGGCUAUUUGCUGUUACUCUAACGCAGGUGCUUGCGAUUUGCUGUGGCGUGUUGACGCCAUUGUCGUCUAUCCUUUUCACCGUGAAAGUUAUCUCCGAGGUAGAAGAUGUCUCAAUCGAACAAGACAGCUGGUUUGGAGUUCGCCGUCAGGGGGCCACUUCGUUCAAUGUUUGGGAUACUUGGCGCGUGCAAGAGGACAUGGGCAGUUUGAUGUUGUUUCAGAACUCGUCUGAAUUGAGGUAUCCGGAAGGAACUUAUCGCGACUUGGUAUACCCUGUUGUCAAACUCAACGACGCAGUUCAAGACUGGACUGGUAGUGUAUCUAUCCAGUUGACCCUUCCUGCCGCCAGACUGACCCCAGAGUGUUUCCAACUCAGUGGUUUCGAGGCAAAUCCUGAUUCCGAAGUGGCUGACGAGGACCACAUCGUCGCUAGCUACAUAGAGGACAUCAUCUGCCCCAACGGCCGUGGUCAAGCGGCUUUAUCCAGAGAUGUCCGCGUCGCAUUGGGAAACGAGACCAAUCCCAGAUACUUCGCAAAAACGAUGAGCUCGCAAGAUUACGCAACGCUAAUUCGAAAGUUGUGCAAAGAGGAUGACGACGAGAAUACGAAUUAUAGGCCUUGGACUGUGCAAACAUUCAUGUGGGGUGCUAUUUCUGACUCGAAGAAAAGCUUUGAUCACAUCGAGGGUUGGCGAUGCAAUUACACUUGGACCGAAGUUCCCACACAAUUCACAUACCGUUCUUCUAAUAGUCAGCCGCAGCUCGAUUAUGGCAGGCCGCCAGUUUCCGAUGAUACCAAGGCCAAGCCCUGGGAGCCGUACUUUAGUACGCCUAACAUGGACUUUCUUCAGCCAGACUUUUCUGUUCAAAAUUCACAAGCGGCCGAGGUGGGCGCAGCAUUCGCACCUCUCAUCAAGCCAUUCGGUCCCCUGGGGCUAGAUGAGUUUGGGAACUCAAGCAAAACAGACGAAAUUCUCAACACCAUACACUUCCGCCGAGCUAUAGUCGCUGCUCAAUAUGCCAAUGUCAAGAACCGGCUAAAGUUGAAUGACACUUCAGACAUGGAGCCAACAAUCCAUCCAACGAUCUCGCCUAGCAAUGGAUCCGUUACCAGAACCAACAAACGUCGAUUGGUGCAAAAUUUCGGGGUCACCAUUGCCAUCAUCGUCAUCUUAGCCCUUGCUUUCAUUGUCAAUCUAUGGGCGCUGGGCUCUAGAAUGAUGAAACGAUUCCUCGGAGUUGACUCAGACUUCCUUCUCGACCUCAACAUGAAGGGGGUUUGUCCAGACGAAUUCAACAGCCUCGUCUCAUGGCAUAAUCUCCUCUACGGCGCGGCUGGAUCAACCGUGCUCCCGCGAGGUUCCCAGUAUCUGUCCUCUCCACAAAUUUGCAAGGAGCUGGCUGGUGUUAGUUUCCAAAUUGGUUGGUUCUUUGUGAAUGAUUUGAAGGAGAAGCGUUUCACAAUUGGGAGUUUGAAUGAUCCAAACUCCGAAUACAUGGGGAGAUUUGAAAGAUAG